AAAAUAUACAAGCAAAAUCAUCCACAGCUUUUGCCUGCAUAUACAUUUAAUUUCUUUCAUUCAAUUAGGUCAUGGCUUUUCGUGUGAGUCAUUUAAGCCUUGCCCUGAGCCUUAUGGCUCUUGCACUUGCAGGUGUUGCCAUAUAUAAGAACACUUAUGAAGCCAUGAGUAAGGGAUUCCAAACACUUUCUCCAGAGUUGGAUCUGCUGGAGUCAGCAGCCAGCAUUUUAACCCUAAAUAAUAAUGCUGAGCAAAAUUCAGACAGCAAGUUAACUCAACCAUUAUCUCCAUCGGCAUGCAUCUUCUCGGCUGUUCAACGAGUUGUGAACAGAGCAAUUGAUAGAGAAAGACGCAUGGGAGCUUCUCUCAUUCGUCUCCAUUUCCAUGACUGCUUUGUUGAUGGUUGCGAUGGAGGAGUUCUUCUAGACGAUAUUCCUGGAUCAUUCCAAGGGGAAAAAACCUCACCACCCAACAACAACUCAGCCAGAGGUUUUGAAGUCAUAGAACAAGCUAAACAAAGAGUAAAAGAUACUUGUCCCAACACACCUGUAUCUUGCGCAGACAUCUUAGCUAUUGCUGCUCGGGAUUCUGUUGUUAAACUAGGAGGACAAGGCUAUAACGUUGCACUAGGGAGAAGAGAUGCAAGAGCGGCCAACUUCACUGGUGCUUUAACUCAGCUUCCAGCUCCGUUCGACAAUCUAACCGUCCAAUUAAGAAAAUUUAAUGACAAAAACUUUAAUGCCCGGGAAAUGGUGGCGCUAGCCGGUGCCCACACGGUGGGUUUCACCAGGUGCGCCACCGCAUGCAACAGCAACUUCGUUAACCCAGCGGCACGUCUUCAAUGCAACUGCUCCGUCCCCCAGAACGACACCAACUUGCAACAACUGGAUAGAACUCCUGCAGUGUUCGACAGAGUUUACUUCCAGGACUUAAACAGGAACCAGGGUAUACUUUUCUCGGAUCAAGUGUUGACGGGGAAUACCACCACUGCUGCUAUUGUUACAACCUACAGCAAUAAUGGUGCUGUUUUCCUUGGAGAUUUUGCUGCUGCUAUGAUCAAGAUGGGAAACUUGCCUCCCUCACAGGGCGUUCAAUUGGAAAUUCGUGAUGUUUGUAGCAGGGUCAAUCCCAGCUCUGUGUCUUCUAUGUGAAAGGAAAACUUGAAUUUGGCAAAAAGGAAUUCAUGAACUCACUAUUAGUUGGUUGAUGUUUUCUUACAAUAAAAGAAUCACUGGUUCCAGAAUGUGGUUCUAGUAUUUGUUUUAUAAUUUGUAGUAAUAUUUGGUUUCGCUCUUCUUGUAUAAUCAUUUGAUUCCAUGUAUAUGUUCCAAAAUUAAUGUACUCCUAUAUUAUUUUUCCAGUAUUGAAAAAUUCUGAAUCAGUUAAGGA